AUGCUGGAUAUACCUUGCAAUUUUCGUGGCAGUACUUGGUCCCCUUAAAUCGUGCAGUGCUGAAGUAAUUGACAUAAAACAGUUUUUAAAAAAUGAAAAUAAAACAUGGAUCUACUAUUCCACCCAGAACGCCACUUAUCUAUGCUUAAACGACCAGAAAACGUUCAUGAAUGAGACGCAUAUUGCGCUCAACCGAUCGUAUUACCAAGCAGGGAAAUGGAAGUCUCAAAAUCUCGUCUGGAAUUUCACGAAAGCACGAAACAAGGAAGGUACCUCAUACAAUUGCAUAGUUCAUGAUGUCAAAGAAAGUCCGGACCAUGUUUCUAUGUGUAUACGCUAUCUCAGUGACGAUAAAGUGUGCGCCGUAAUGGAAUUCACCGUACGUACGAACAAAGUCAUCACGUGGCACGAACUGCAGACUAAGGACCCGCAAGAUGAUAUGCCGAAGGAUAACCCUUGUGUAGCGCCUUUUAGCAAACUUGCUCGAACGGGUCUAGUUCAGACUUUCUAUUUAUCUGGUUGCAAGAAGAGACUAUGGCAGACAGCAAGCAAUGAAGGCUAAUAUGUGGACAAGGUGAAAAUUUGGUGAAGUUGAUUAUGCAUUUCGAUGAUAUGUUGUGUGCUAGAAGACGCGGAC